AGUCGCCCGCCGCUCUCCGCAGCGGCACCACGCCCCUGUGAGCGAUGUCUGGCGGAGCGGCGGCUGCAGUCGCUGGCCGGUGCUGCCUUCGCGAUCGUCACCCACCCGACUAGCACACCGAGCCGAGCCGAGCGGAGCGGAGCUCCUGAGUCCGAACGCAGGCGACAAGUCGAAUCGGCAAGGCAGGAGUCGCAGCGCGGCGACCGGGCGGAGGACGACAAAAGCGGCGGGGCCUUGAUGCUACUGGCACCAGUGAACACCAGGAGAGCUACCCACCCAAGUUGUGUGCCCAGCCCCAGCUGUGAGCAGAAUGACCAGUAUCCGGAAUGGCGUCAACACGGUGGGCCUGGUUCUCCUGCUGUCGGGCGCGGUGACGCUUGUCUGCUUUGAUGGCGGUGGCCCGUGGUCAGUGCUUCGCUCCAUGAGUCUGUGCAGCUGCCUGCUGGGCACCCUGCUGCUGCUCUUCGGCCUUUACCACACUGCCAAGCUGAGCCGCGCCAACAGCCGUGCCCCGUCGCUCUUCUACUUGCAGACGCCCAGCCGUUUCUCGGAGCCGCGCCUACUCUUUCUGCCCAGGGUGUCCCGCUAUGAAGCGGGCAGUAGAUGCCGCCCGUCUCUGCCUGCUGUGCCCUAUCUCCACAGCUGCCCCCCUUUGCAGCAGCUGGAUCUGCCACCUUCGUAUGAGAUGGUCAUGAAGAGCACGAUUGGACGGGCCGGCCUGAGGCGGAGCCUAUCAGACACCGCCCUACAGAGUGCAGUGCCUCUCGCCACCUCCAGAGGGCUCAGUACUGAUAUUUGAGAGCCGUGGUGGAGGCAUCCAGCAGAAGGAACUGACCAGUGAGGCCAGGCCAGCUCCAGGAGAAGUGAAGGUGGGAUGACAAUCCACCUGUGCGGACCCACUUAGCCCACCUCUGGGGCCAGGCUUGUGGGAAUGGGCGCCGGCCCCCCGUGACUCUGAAUUGGAUGGAUUGAUGGAACGUUUAUAGUGCCUUCAGCAAAAAAGUGCCUCAGUGCGACUAUGAUGACCACUGACUGAUAGCCAUGAGCCUCAGGGUGAGAUCCUGAAAUGAGAAGAUCAUCUGACGGCCCCAUGUUUAUAGUGCCUUUCAUCAGAGACUUAAACUGACCCUCUGAAUGCACAAAUGACUUUCUUGAUGGACUUUCGUCUCUAGCCACAUGUCCACUCCAUGGAGGACUAAGAGAGCUGAGCGUGGUCUGGCACAUUCCAGUCUAAGCUGGUCCUGUGUGACUCCUUUGUCACUGGAGUCCAGUUCAGCCCAAUCUAGUCCAGUCUGGCUCAGCCCCCACCUCAGCGGUCUUAAGCCCAGUUCACCACUGCCCAGCCUCAUGUGGCUCAGCCUGGCCACUUGACAUGUGUCCUUUAGUGCAUUUCAGGCAGUGUGGACAUGUCACCUAUUGUGUCACCCAAGUGGCUCAAGUCCAGUCUGCUUGGGCUGGCCGGCCUGCAUCGUCCAUUCCUUCACCUCUGUGUUCCAGAUGGACUAAAUUAUGGCCACCAGUGUGGUGAAUGGACUGUCCAGUUUGUGGCUUCGGUGUGACCUGAUGGGGUGAAGGUCAAGGGGCUAGUCCAAGCCAGUGAAGCCCACCAGUCCAGUGUGGGGCAGUCUGGUCUCGUUCCUUCCCAGUGUAGUGGAUCUGCUGCUGUCCAGUGAGGUCACCUCUCUCUGCUCAUCGCCUGUGCAGAGGCCCAGGAGAUGUCAUGAGAAGAAUGUCCUCAAGUGACAGGUGACCCCCAAGUGUCAAGCACUCCCAAAUGGAGGACCUCCUUGUGUGCUUAACCGGUGGGGUGGCUUUUCCCAUGAUGCCGUGCUGGAUGGUCCUUAUUAAAGGCAGUGUGGACAAUGAGA